UAAAAAUGGCUUCCACGAAGGUGCUCGAACAGUGGGGAAGAAUACCAGUGGUUUGUUUACAUCUUUAAUUGCGUCGUUAAUUGCUCUCAAACUUUGCUCGGCUCUCAACAGGUAUGAACAAAGCAGAGUUUGCCGUUUGUCGAAUCAAAGAAAAGCUUCCUGGGAACCAGGGACUUGUACUAAAGGGAAGCGGUUGUGUUGUACAUAGUGAAAGACUCGCAACUUCGUGGGGUUGGAAAUGCAAUUACUUUAUUGUUACCCCAAGUGUCGUGCUGAGUCGGGAAGACCUGGCGACGGACAAGAUGUUUAUCGCCGAAUUUUUAAAUAAGGAUAAACGAGGGCUGGAAACCUUUGAGUUGAAGCAAAUGGCCGAAGUUUGCAAAGAUCUUCCAGGAUGCAUCUUUGAUAAUGAUCUUGAUCGAGGUCACUCUCUUAGUUUUAUCUCUGUUGAACCACUAGAUAAGCGCGGGUUUCUUAAGAAAAUGGUGAAGAAAGGGAGUCUGCAAACAUAUCGUCCAUUAGAAUGCGCUGAUUUCUUCAGUAAAUCUCGACAAGAACUUGUUCUUGACGAAGGCCUGUACUGUCACGUCGUCCGAGAUCUAUUUAAUGAGUCAACAAACUCUCCAUUUUCGACCCAAACUUUUAAACUUGUUUGGGGGCCGCAGACGAGACUCUUCAGCAUACAGGACUUUGCUGGAUCAGCGAUAGGAUUUAAUGAAGGGGCAUUUCCAAUUGGGGCCGUAAUUUUCACUGGGAAGGGUGAAUUUGCUGGUGUUUUAGAAUUUGCCGACGGUUUCUUGUCUCCCGUAUUUUUGCCGGACUCGUCGAUGAUAGAGAAUAUUCAAAAUGGUGAUCCUGCUGUACCAAGUGAAGAAAAGAAUGCUGCAGAUGUGGAAUUGGAGCAUGAAAUUGCUGGAAAUGAAGUCUUGGUUGGUGAAAUCAGUCAGGACUCAGAGAUUUCAUCACAUGGUUUAUCAUAUGAAUCACAUGGUAAUAACAAUGAAUCAUUACCUUCCUUGGAACCAUUCAAACCUGGUACUGAAUCAUCAAUUCCUGUCAAGGUGGAUGCCCUUGACUCGAAUAAGACAGAGGAAGUAUUCCAACAAGAUCAAGCAAGUGCUUCUGUUAGUAAGAAAAUGGAGGAGCUGGAAACUGGAACUAUUUCAAAUCCUUUAGAUCACUCAAAUGACAAGGGAGAAGAUGAAUCAAAAUGUCAAGAUACUCUCAGGGAAGGGUCCAGUAAAGUGAAAGAUCUAGAUGAAAGCAAAAAUUUUAGUUCAGUAGAGAAACCAUUCUCUGGGACUGAAGAAACCAAAAGAGCUGAUGUAACUGCAGAGGCUGUGGGGAUUGUGAAUGUGGUAUCUUGCCAUGGAAAUGAGAUUAUUACAAGUGACAAUGACAAUUUAGUGACGGUCAUUCAAGUGGGUGGUGUCAUCCCUGUAGAAAAAGGAACCACUCAACAAGAGGAUACUUCUGAUAAGAUCAUCACAGAGAGUGAAUAUUUCUUACCAGAGACCAGCCCUUCAGAAAUGUCACCAGCUGAAAGCAAGGGUUUGUGUAAUGGAGAGCUAUCUGAUAUUCAAGAACCUAUGACUGAUUCUUCAGUAGAAAGCAAGGAAAGCUUUAUGAUAGACCAGGAACACUUUGAAACUUCAGAUCCCAAUGAACAUGUCCAUAUAGAAAGUGACCAUGUUGCUUUGGAAGGCUCAAUACCUCUUGAUAUAAAGGUUAAAACUGAGUCAAUUGAGAGGCAAGACUUGGAAAUCAGUGAUACAGAGGUGGAAACUCUUGAUAAUGAGGAUUCCACUGUUUCAUCUGAGAGUAAGAGUGAUUCACCUGACAGAAGUGAAAUUUCCUCUCAGGUCAUUGCACCAGUUGAUCUUGUCAUGAGUGAAACCAGGGAUAGUGGUCAUUUGAGAGAGUAUGAAGCUGAGAACAUCAAUCAAGAAAAUUCUUCCACUGAACAUUCUCUGGUAUCAGAAGUAAUGAAAGGAACUGAUGUCAAAGACAUUAAAGUGGUGCAGUUAGACGCAGGUAGAGGUGAUAAACAUUCUGAGAAUGCAUGUACACCCAGUGAUCAUCUUGAUGCCUCUUUGGCUCUUCAAGGAACUGAUCCAGAGGAUAAUACAGUUGUUGUUGGCAGUGAUCUUGAUGAACAAUCUGAAAUAGAAAUAAAAAAAUUUUCUCCAGGCUUGGAUGAAAAUCAGGUAAUUAUAACACAGCAAGACUUUUUCAGUGUGACUGGUGAAGCAGUUAUUGCAGAGGGAAAUGAGUAUCAUUGUCAUCAAAACAAUAAGCAUGAAUUACUCUCAGAAACAAUGUCAAAAGAGGAGUCUCCAGGGUACAUUAGAGAAACAGAGGUUGAUCUGCACUCUCAGGAAGAAACUCUGUCUUCAAAUGUGGUUGCCAUGGAGAAGAAAGUAGAUGGACAGGGUGUGCAAGCUGCGCCACAACCAUCCAUCAAUUUUGAUCAAAAGGAGGGUGAAGAUGAAUCUGUGGAAAACUCUUUAGGAGAAGUUGCUGUUUUGCAAAGAGUUGAUGCAGAUUCUCUCCUUACUGAGACCAUCACAAACAAUCCUCUUAUUCUCGGAGACCUCGGUAAAUGUCUGGAUACAGAGUACCAAUAUGGGAAAGUUCCUUGUUGGAGAGACCUGGCUAAAUUAUUGGGUGUACCUCCAGAAGCCUACGAACACUGUGGUACCUUCUCAGCUACAAGUCCAACUGAGGACUUGUUUGUGUUCCUAACAGCAACAAAACCUCAACUUACUAUUGAUGAUGUUAAGGAGGCUCUGAAAGAAAUUGGCAGAUGUGAUGUGGCUCAUUAUCUAGACAGAAAAAUUGCAGCUGGACUCAUCAGUCAGGAAAGUGUAGUUGCCAGUCUUGUUGAAAAAGAUGACACAGGAAUUCUUGGUCAUAUGGCUCUGAAACUCGACAUGAAAAGCAGAAAGGAUUGGAAAGGUCUGGCACUACAACUGAAUGUACCCCAUCGUGUGUUACGAAACCUUGGAUCUCACCAGAAGCAUAAUUCAUCUUUAAUGUUGUUAAAGUACAUUCCCAUAUUUGAUCCUGAGAUGACAUUAGCACAUCUGAAAAACUGCUUGAUAUCCAUUGGUAGACAGGAUGUUGGUCUAAUCUUUGACAAGGGUGGAAUUCCAGGAGAUGAGCUAGUUAAAAAUAUUCUGGAUGACUCAGAGCUGCUUGAUCAAAUAACAGACCUGCUGAAUGAAGACCCUCCUCAUCCCCAUUGGAGACACCUUGCAAAGGAGCUGAAAAUUCCUCAGGAAAAAUGUAAAAUCUUUGAACCCACAGAAGAUGUCAACAGCCCAACUAAAUUGCUGUUUAAAAGUAUUGAGAGAUGCGAGCCAGAUUUGACAUUUGAGGAGCUUGUUCUAGCACUUGUUGCAAUGAAAAGACAGGAUGUCUUAGAUGUCCUCUUAACAUAUUUUUCAAGUGAUGAUGUUGACCAGAUACUGGAAGAAAACAAUCUUCUUGAACCCCUAGAGGAUAUCCCAGAAGAAAUUGAAAGUUAGAGAGAGAGAUCAACUGUUUGUUAAGGAGGAAACAGUGGAGCAAUGAAAUUAUUAUAAAAUAUUGAAUUGAUUCUGUUAGUUUUCUCCUAAAUCUUCCAUUUCGAAAUGAACCAAAUGGAUAAACAUCUAAAGGCCCUACUCAAGGGAUUA